AGCACAUUCCUGCUCAAUCGGCUCAAGACCAUACACAGUAAUUAGGUAGCCAGGCAGGUCCUUGCUUGAAGGUCCGUGCUUGACAUAGAACGCCUGAGACCAUGGCUGAUGCUUCUAUUCCACAGAAAGACACGAAGCGACUUCAGGUGCAUCAGCAGACCCGCCUUUGCAAGUUCUUCGUGAUGGGCAAAUGCACUCGUGGUCAGUCAUGUGCGUUUGCACACGGACAAGACAAGUUGCGGCAGCAACCAGACUUCUCCAAGACAAGGUUGUGCGCAGACUUUAUGGAAUUGGGCAGCUGCGCAGAAGGAGAGGGAUGCAAGUUCGCCCAUGGCAAGAGUGAGCUUCGCCCAGGCUCCGCUGUAAAGAUUGGCCGACCAUCCAAGAAAGAGAUGCAAGAUAGUCCAGAGAAGAAGGACAAGGACCCUGCAGCCGUGCAAGGCAUUCAAGCGGCCAAGAUUCUUCAACUCCAACACUCCUUGCAUUCUCAGGCUGCAUUGAACCUCCUGAUGGGGGGGGGCGAGCACGAAGCAGCCGAACAAGCAGCCAGAAAUCGAGUCAGCAGAUUCCUGCUUAGAAAAGCCGAGCUCUUUCAGCCGGCAGACCACCUGGGAGGGCAUCGACACGGCCUCCGCCGCCUUCAGCCGCGGCACUUCUUUGGCAAGUGCUUGGGAUCCGUUGCCAGACAGGACUGCGGGUGUCCCCCCGCCGCUCCCCGAACUCAGUGAAUGGCAGGUCCAGGUCAAGAAUACCUUCAUUGAGGUCAGUGACAGCGAUACAAGUGACACUGAGCAGGACCAAGGUGUCCUGCGGCGCACGCGCUCAGUGCCCCUUUUCUAAGUAGCAAGCAUAUGGCUUUUUAAACGCCGAAGCGGCACGGUUGAGUCAAGUCAAAAGUUCUUUUAAGGCAGCGUAGUCCUGGCAUAGGAACUGCCAGAGCUGACAGCGCCAAAUUCUUGUGCUCCCAUGCCGCCCAUGUCCUGGUAGCCCCUCAGAAGCCAAGAGGUGUGGUCUGGUAGCUGGU